UCAGCCGACCGGCAGAGGAGGUUCUGUGUGCCCGCGUCCGCCAGCCCUCUCGCCAGCAGUCGCUCAGCUCUCCAUCUCUCUGCUCGCCAUGGCGCUGCUGCACUCCUGCCGCCUGCUCUCCGGAGCCACCUCCUUCCAGCCGGGCCUCGGCUCGGCCGCCGCCGCCAGAGCCAGCUCUUGGUGGACCCACGUAGAGAUGGGCCCCCCUGACCCUAUCUUGGGGGUUACGGAAGCAUUUAAGAGGGACACUAACAGCAAGAAGAUGAAUCUGGGAGUUGGGGCCUACCGAGAUGACAGUGGGAAGCCUUAUGUUCUUCCAAGUGUCCGUAAGGCAGAGGCUCAAAUUGCAGGGAAGAACAUGGACAAAGAGUACCUGCCCAUCGCAGGACUGGCUGAAUUUUGCAAGGCAUCCGCAGAGUUGGCCCUGGGUGAAAAUAAUGAGGUUCUGAAAAGCAGUCGAAAUGCCACCGUGCAGACCAUUUCUGGAACUGGAGCACUGAGAGUGGGAGCCAGCUUUCUGCAACGGUUCUUCAAAUUUAGCCGGGAAGUCUAUCUCCCAAAACCAUCCUGGGGAAAUCACACUCCCAUCUUCAGGGAUGCUGGCAUGCAGCUGAAUGGCUAUCGCUACUACGACCCCAAGACUUGUGGCUUUGACUUCACUGGAGCCUUGGAAGACAUUUCAAAAAUUCCAGAGCAGAGUGUCAUCCUUCUGCAUGCCUGUGCUCACAACCCCACUGGAGUCGAUCCUCGUCCUGAGCAGUGGAAAGAAAUAGCAUCCUUGGUAAAGCAAAGGAAACUCUUUGCCUUUUUUGACAUGGCAUACCAAGGCUUUGCCAGUGGAGAUGGCAACAGGGAUGCCUGGGCUGUUCGCCACUUCAUUGAUCAGGGCAUUAAUGUGGCUCUCUGUCAGUCAUAUGCCAAGAACAUGGGCCUGUAUGGUGAACGUGUGGGAGCCUUUACCAUGAUUUGUAAAGAUGCUGAUGAAGCCAAAAGGGUAGAAUCCCAGUUGAAAAUCCUGAUUCGUCCCAUGUAUUCCAACCCCCCUCUCAAUGGGGCCCGAAUUGCCACCACAAUCCUGAAUAGUCCUGAUCUGAGGAGCCAAUGGUUGCAAGAGGUCAAAGGCAUGGCAGAUCGCAUCAUUGGCAUGCGAACCCAGCUGGUUACCAACCUCAAGAAAGAAGGCUCCUCCCACAACUGGCAGCACAUCACUGACCAGAUUGGCAUGUUUUGUUUCACGGGCCUGAAACCUGAGCAGGUGGAACGGCUGAUCAAGGAAUUCUCCAUCUAUAUGACAAAAGAUGGCCGCAUUUCCGUAGCAGGCGUCACAUCAGGCAACGUGGGCUACCUUGCCCAUGCCAUUCACCAAGUAACCAAGUAAUUCUGCCUGGCGAGACGGAGCAGAGACGACCUUCCCACCUCCAGACUCUGCUGGCUGAGAUCCAGAGAGAUGAUGGAGCUGGCGAAGAUAGGAGCGGCGUGAGAAUUUCUUUCAACCACAGUGCUUAAUGCUCAGCCAUUGAAAGGGUCUCAGGACAAGACCUGAGAGUAGGCUAAAGGCAUCCAGAACUAGUGUUUGGAGCUUUGGGGGUCUAACCCGAACUCCCCAACCCAUCCUCCACAACUUUUCCAAAACAUUUUAUGUUUACAGGAACUCUACCAAAAAUCCCACCCAAAAAUCACAAGUGCUCGCCCUCUCCCCUUCCCCCAGUCUUAAAUCUCUGGCAUUACAGUGUUGUUCGAGAGCUUUAAUCUAGGUAACAAAUAUCACUUAGCCCGCUGAACCAAAAUCUCUGUGGUGCUAAAAGCUCCCAAAGAAGGCUUGCCCAGUUCUGGCUCCCAGCUCUAAUGAGAGGCCUCCCAUGGCUGAUAGAGGCACCUCACAUCGCAGUUUGUUUUUGGAAAUCGUAGAUGCUGCUGUUGCACAGCAUCUUGGCUUCCAGAAAUAACAGGAAAGGGAAGUGGCUCUCACCCAUUGGACAGC